AUGAACAUCCUUCCGAAGAAAUCGUGGCACGUUCGGAACAAGGACAAUGUGGCGCGGGUGCGGCGGGACGAGGCGGCGGCCGAGGUGGAGCGGAGGAAACGGGAGGCGCGCGCGCUGCGGGCGGAGCAAGAGGUGCGCACCGAGCUCCUGAGGAAGCGGGCGCGGGUCGGGGGUCGCAGCCCCUCCCCCCCGGCGCCCCCGGUGCUGUUUCCCCCUCCUGAGGAGGCCCCGAACCGCGAGCACGAGGCGGAAAAAAGGCGGGAACAGGAGCGACGGGAACGAGCCCUGGGGGUGCUGACGUACCUGGGCCAGAGCGCGGCCGAGGCCCAGACCCGGCCCCCCUGGUACCUGCGGACCCCCCCGAGGAACCGCCCUGGACCCCGAGAAAUUCAGGGGGGGCUCAAGGCCUCGCUGGACCCGCUGCACCACAUGGGGGGGCGCAGAGAGACAGAGCCCGGCCCCGAAAAGAACCCCCCGGAAACGAAGGAGCCGCGGAGAGGGAAGAGGACAGGGUGAGUGGGUGAUGGGUUGUGGGUGACGGCAGUGAUCGAUCGAUCGAUCGAUCGACCGGAGAAGGGAGAGUGCGCGGUACGUUAUUUAAUAUAUCGCGCUGAAUAAUAUAUCACGUUGUAUAAUAUAUCACGUUAUAUAG